AUGUCCGACCACCGCGAAGCACCAGAAGAGAGGAAGAUUGAAGUCGUCGUCCGUGAGGAAGACGAACAAGAUUUCGAAAAAGGCGAAAAGUAUGAAGUCGUGUUGAAGGAAAAGGCCGCUAAGGCAAAGGCCGAACACGAGUCCAACGCCCACGAAAAAGAAGUUGAAGCCGACGAGGCUGCCUCGAAAGCUGCCGCUCACGAAGCCAACAAAGAAGCUGCGCAUGCCGAGAAGAAGGCCGCCGAACAUGAAGCUGCGAUGGCUACCUCCGAGACCGAGAAGGCUUCGGCUGAACAUGAAGCUCACGUGAAAGAAAAAGAAGAACACGAAGAAGCCAAAGCGCAAGCCAAAGAAGAGGAGAAGGUGGAGCACGCCGAAAAGGAAAAGGAGGUGGAGGAGAAGAGGGCGGUCACGGCCGAGGAGAAAGAAGCUGAACAUGCUGAGAAGGCUGCCGUUGAGGAAGAAGCCCACCACGAGCACGAGGAAGCGGUUGCGAAGAAGUCGUCACCCGUUGCUGUCGCCGUCCCUCUACCUCCAGUCCCGAUCAGCGACGAACACGACAUGCAAAUUUCAACUGCAGCACCAGCCGUGCCGGUCCAGAAGAUUGAACGCACCUUCACUACUCCCUCUGGUCAACCCAUCACAGUCCUCGAGGUCAAACCUGCUGAGACGAUCAUUACGGAGCCUCCUUCAACACCAGCACCUGUCGUUGAAAAGCACAUUACCUACGUCGAGCCUCUACCACUCCCUCCAUUACCUACCAAGACUUUGCCACUUGAGGAGAAACCAAAAGUUCUCAUCGUUGAAGAAAAUGAAACGCCCAUGCCGUCUAUCGUGGAGCAUUCAGAGCCUGUAGCGGUCGUCGCCGUCGUCGAACCUGAGCCGACUCCUGUGAUUCACAAGGAAGACCAUCUUAUUGUGGAACGCCAUCCAGAGGGUACUGUCGAGACAACAGAGACUGUCACGACGACGACUGUCACAACUACGAAGAUCGUCAAGGAUGAGCGUGAAAGGGAGAAGAUUGUGACGCCGCCUGCGCCGGUCGCAGUGGUUGAAGCAGACCUGCUGCGUCCGAUCACGACAGUGCAACGUGCACCUCCCACCACUGUCGUCGCCGAGCCUCCAAAAGAGGAAAGGAAAGUGAUUGUUCAGACGGUCCCUGAAGUAGUCCCACCGCCACCGAUUCCAACUACGACUACUUCUACCGACUUUGCUCCGAUGCCUAUGGAGACUCCUCGCGCCGCCUUCCGCGGUCUCGAUGUCCUCGGCACACCGAUCGGUCUCUUCCCGGAAUACUUUGCCCUGCACGAAACGCGUUUCGUCAUCGUGGAGCGACUCCCCUCAGCCUCGGGUGCGGAUUGGAUGUACCUCGAAGUCCGCGGGCAACGUAUCAAUGCAUCGAUGAUGCGUGUGAGAUCCUCCGAGCGCGACGGAAAAGGUCAUGUCCAUGAUACUUUCUCCCUGUCGUCGGCGGCGAUGGAUCGCGUCACGGGCAUCAAGCCGUUGUCGGUCGCCUUUGAGAAUCACCGCACCAGUGCUCGGACUCUCCUCACCCUUCGAGCGGUCUUCCCACCGGAAGGAAACGUCGUCGCGGUCAUCCGACUCGAACCGCGUACCUCGACGGCGAUCUUCCCGUCAUCCUCUUCAACUGCGAGCAAACCUGAGAAGAAUUCGGAAACUGAUGAGUCGAAGACCACCACGACGACCAGCCACCACGGCAACAAAACCACCAUCACGGUCAAGAAUUCCGGAAAAGACACCACCACAUCAUCAUCUUCAGCCUCGCCAUCGUCAUCAACAUCCGCCAAGCCACCGCAGCAAGGCAUCAUCAUCGCCCGCAUCGAACGCUCCGACGCUUCCUCCUCCUCAUCGGACAUCCGCUCCUCCACCUCCACCGUGCGAGACACCACCACCGCCACCACCACCGCAACGUCCAAAGCCCGCGCCAUCUCGCCUUCCCGACCAUCGACGGGCAAGAGGUGGAAGCCGGAGUAUUUCAUCACGGUGGCGCAGGGGUUCGACGUCGCGCUCGCUUGUGCGGUUUGGAUGGCCGGGGUGGAGGGGCCUUGA